AUGGUUAAAUGGCGGACGAAAAAGACUUGUCGUAAUUUUUGCCUUUGAAUGGUUUAUUUUCGCAUUUUGUCAGAGAAUAAUUCGUUAGUUGUUAUCAUUACUAUAUAUGAUGGCCAAAAAGAAAUCGUCAAUAUUGUCAAAGGGUAAGCCGAGUAAGAACUUCCAGCAGAAAAGGAACAAGAAAGGAGGGAAAACGACGCCACAAAAUCUCAGGAGAAAGAAGGCUAGAGAUAAGGAGACUGAUGAUGAGGUAGAAACCAGUGGACUCUAUAACCAUGAAGAAGAUGCAAAUUUUAGGCAAGAUGAUGUUGAUGAUGAUGAUGAUGAUGACACUGUACUCAACACAAGAGGACUUGUCACCGAGCAUAACAAGAAAAAAAAGAAGUCGGGAGGAUUUCAAUCAAUGGGGUUGAGCUUUCCAGUGUUCAAAGGAGUCAUGAAAAAAGGUUACAGGCUUCCUACACCUAUUCAAAGAAAGACGAUACCAGUGAUUAUGGAUGGAAAAGACGUGGUAGCAAUGGCUCGCACAGGCUCUGGGAAAACAGCUGCCUUUUUGAUACCAAUGUUUGAAAGACUUAAAACCCAUUCAGCCAAGGUUGGUGCCCGAGGGUUGAUCUUGUCACCCACACGUGAGUUAGCCCUCCAGACUCUCAAAUUCACCAAAGAGCUUGGUAGAUUCACUGGUUUAAAGGCAGCUGUGGUGCUUGGUGGAGAUAGUCUAGAAGGGCAGUUUGCAGCAUUGCAUGGAAAUCCAGACAUUAUUGUGGCCACUCCAGGACGGUUUCUUCAUGUCAUGAUGGAAAUGGACCUGAAGUUGACUGCAGUAGAAUAUGUUGUGUUUGAUGAAGCUGACAGGCUCUUUGAGAUGGGGUUUGCUCAGCAACUUCAUGAAAUUAUCAAUCGUCUUCCAGAUUCCAGACAAACCCUUCUGUUUUCUGCAACUCUUCCAAAAUUAUUAGUGGAUUUCACGAAAGCAGGUUUAACUGACCCUGUCCUUAUAAGGCUGGAUGUUGACUCCAAACUAAGUGAGCAGUUAAGGCUUGCUUUCUUUUCACUGAGAUCAGAUGACAAACCAGCUGUGUUGUUGCACAUUCUUCAAAACUUGGUCAAACCAUCUGAACAGACCCUUGUCUUUACGGCUACAAAGCACCAUGUGGAAUACUUAAAAGAGCUGCUAGAAGUCGCUGGAAUAGAAAGUUCCUUUGUUUACAGCACCCUGGAUCAAGCAGCAAGAAAGAUCAACAUUGGCAAGUUUCAACACAAGAAAACGAACGUUAUGGUCGUCACUGACGUGGCUGCUCGUGGAAUUGACAUCCCGAUGCUGGAUAACGUGAUCAAUUACAACUUUCCAGCCAAACCAAAGCUUUUUAUUCAUCGAGUAGGUCGGGUUGCAAGAGCUGGUCGCAGUGGAACGGCUUAUUCUCUCGUGGGUAGUGACGAGUUAGCUCACACGGUGGAUCUUCAUCUUUUCCUUGGUCGACCGCUCAAACUGGCAGGGAAAGACUCGCAGGCUCAAGAUGAUGGGCUCAUUGGCGCGGUUCCUCAGCUACUCGUGGAUGAGGAACAGAACUUUCUCAAGAGAGCACAUGAUCAGUCACAUGACCUGAUUUCUCUUCGUCAAGUGGCGGCCAACGGAUACAAACAAUACAUAAAAUCCAGGCCAAGUGCUUCCUCGGAAUCUGUCAAGCGAUCCAAGCAAAUCGACACAGCUACUCUCCCAGUUCAUCCACUGUUCAAAUCUGGUGUUACAUCUUCCAAUGUGGCUUCUACUUCAAGAGUCGAUAUUUUGGACGGUGUGAGGAAUUUCAGGCCGAGACAGACAAUCUUCGAGAUUGGUUCUACGUCAAAAUCCACAGCGCAGUCUAUCAUGAUGUCAAAAAGAAAACGUCACAGCGACGUCAUUCAAAGAGCACAGCGACUCAAACAGGACGACUCAGUGACUGACCUGGGGAGGGGUGCUGGCACCGGAAGUGAAGAACAGAACAAUAGCGCAACUACGGACGAAAUUAGGGGAGUCUUCGCCACCGUGUUCGAUCCAAGCCAGAAAAAGAAGAGAAAGAAAUCAAAGUCCGAUCCUCAAGGUUUUUCCAUGAAGAAUUUCAGAGACGAGAACUACAUUCCCCAUACCGCCUCGGAUCAUUACGGCGAGAGAGGCCUGGGGCUUGGUUUGAAGUCGUUUGAGAAGGAUGUAUCAGGUGCUGUGAUGGACAUCCAAGCUGACGAAGAAGAAGGAAUGAGACAAGCCAAGUCGCUCAAAAAAUGGGAUCGUAAGAGGAAAAAUUAUGUUGGAGAAGAUGGUAACGUGAAAAAACUCAGAACAGAGAGCGGCGUGCGGAUCCCAGCAACCUACAAGAAAAAUAUAUACCAAGACUGGUUACGAAGAAAUAAGAUGGACGUUCCCGGAUCAGAAGAUCGCGAGGAGAAUGGAACGAGGCCAGGUCACAAAAAGAACAGAAAAGGUAAAGGCGGGAAAAGCUUUCCUCCCAAAGGUAAAGGUUUUGGCGGGAAAGGCGCUAAACCGCGUGGAAACGAACUGAAAUCCAAGGACCAGAUACUGAAGGCUCGGCACAGAAAGGAAACUACUAUGCAACGGCAAAAUAAAGGAAAACUAAAAGGAAAAAGGGGCAGAGGAAAACCAAGUAGAAGAAAGUGAACUGAAAUCAGUCCGAGGGGGUAACGCCGAGUAGCGCCUGUUUCGGUUAACACUUAGCCUCGGGCUGUUUUCGGCCCGAAGUGUUCCGAUUCUUACUGGCCAAUCAGAAAACAACACGAUGACUCCGAACUUUGUUGCGUCUUGUUACCGCCGUCUAAGCACGUCAUAUUUCAUUCCAUACCUCCAUAUCGCGGGCUCAGUGAGUAGGUGUUUGCUUCCAAAUGAAAUCAGAUAUGCGUCUUGUAAUUUGUUGUAGCCAAGGCAACAAACCGCAUGAAUGAUAAAGGCACUGUGCAGAGACGAAAAGACGGCUACAGUGGAACCUCGAUUUAACGAUCCUCUAAUUAACGAUGGCCUCGAUAUAACGAACCUCGAUAUA